AGUGCAAGUGAUCAGCCUUCGAGCUCAAAAAUAUGACGUGGCCAAUUCAAAACAUCUGGAUGACCUGGAAGAAGUCACCACGUGGAUGUAGUCACCAUUCUUGAUCACUACACUGGAAGGAUGUAAGCAAUGACGUGUCCUUUACUGCGUUUAAGCUCAAUACAAUAUCAUGUCGACGGCAGAUGCAAGAGAACAUACCCGAUAUGGAGGCCGAGUGGGCCUUCGAUGACCCAUCGUCGCCGGCACUCGACCGCCUGCCCCCCGUGCCCAACUCCUCGAUGGAUGUGGAUGCCGAUAAUGAAGUGGCCGUGGGCAACUGGUCUGCCAUGAGUAACUUCACCCGCCUCGUGGCCGCCGCUGCUCCUGAAAUAGCCAACUUUACGCUCAAUAUGCUGGACUUGGGCGUGGGCCUGGCCACGGAUGUGUCCAAUCUGAGCGUGGCCACCACGCCCCUGCCCGCCUACGCGAUCGCCAAUAGCUCCUCCCUGGCGCACACGAACAGCCGGCACGAGUCGCCACCAAUGGCGGAACAGGUGCCUGAGCAUGUGAUGGACCGCCCCCAGCUCUCACGAUCCGGGCUACUGAAGGUCUAUGUGUUGGCCGUCAUGGCACUGUUCUCCCUGCUGGGCAACCUGCUGACCAUUUGGAACAUUUACAAGACCCGCAUCUCGCGGCGGAACUCGCGGCACACCUGGAGCGCCAUCUAUUCGCUGAUGUUUCACCUGUCCAUUGCCGACGUCCUGGUCACCUGGUUCUGCAUCAUCGGCGAGGCCGCCUGGUGCUACACGGUUCAGUGGCUGGCCAACGAGCUCACCUGCAAGCUGGUGAAGCUCUUUCAGAUGUUCAGCCUCUACCUGAGCACCUACGUCCUGGUCCUGAUUGGCGUGGACCGCUGGAUAGCUGUGAAGUAUCCGAUGAAGUCGCUCAACAUGGCCAAGCGGUGUCAUCGACUGCUCGGUGGAACUUACAUCCUGUCGCUGGUGCUCAGCUUGCCACAGUUCUUUAUCUUCCACGUGGCGCGUGGACCCUUCGUCGAAGAGUUCUACCAGUGCGUCACCCACGGAUUCUACACGGCGGACUGGCAGGAGCAGAUGUACGCCACCUUCACACUGGUCUUCACCUUCCUGCUCCCACUGUGCAUCCUCUUUGGCACCUACAUGUCCACUUUCCGGACCAUUUCCAGUAGUGAGAAGAUGUUCCAGGGGUCGAAGUUGGCCAACUAUUCCACGGCCAAGCUGCCCACGCAGACGAAUCGACAAAGGCUGAUACACAAGGCCAAGAUGAAGUCACUCCGAAUCUCGGUGGUGAUCAUCAUAGCGUUCCUCAUCUGCUGGACCCCAUACUACGUCAUGAUGAUUAUGUUCAUGUUCCUCAAUCCGGACAAAAGGCUGGGCGACGAUCUGCAGGACGCCAUCUUCUUCUUUGGCAUGUCCAACAGCCUGGUCAACCCCCUCAUCUACGGUGCCUUCCACCUGUGUCCCGGCAAGGGCAGCAAGUCCAGCGGCGGCGGCGGCAAUAACAACGCCUACAGCCUAAACAGGGGCGACUCACAACGCACUCCCUCCAUGCUAACGGCGGUGACGCAGGUGGACGGAACCGGAGGCAGUUCCCGGCAGAUGCGAGCCUUCCGCCAGCAGAGCUAUUACCGCAGUUCCAGCAACGGCACCGGCGGAGGAUCCUGCGGAGGUACUGCCUUCAAGGAGCAGGUCGGCCUGCUGCAUGUGGGUCCGGGAUCGGGUCCCUCCGGUGGCUCCCCCUCUGUCCCAGGUGGCAGCAGUAGCGCCACGCCGCAGCUGAUGCGGAAGGGAUCCGCCCUGCUAGCCCGCCAUCCAAGCUGCCUGAGGGAGCAGGAACACCAGCAGCGACUCCUGCUGCAGAACCCACCCUCGACGCUGGUCCUUAGCUACGAUAGCCAUCGCGGAGGUGUCGGCGUGGGCGUGGCCCAUGGCGGGCUGAUGGACAACAACGAGCGGGUGUCGAGCGUGUGAGAGCAGCUGGCGAUGGCGGCAACAACGGUUGCGGCGGCGGAUGCAGCGGACACAGCGGAUAUGGUGACGGUGGACGCCGAUGCCUGCUCCUGCUGCCAUUGCCUGAGCAGGGAGCUGGUGCGACGGCAGCUAGAACUCCAAGAGCUUCCAGUGCAGUAAGAAGCGACUGCUAGCCAAGAGUGAGAGAUGUAGGGGGGAUCCUUGCCAGCAGAGGGUACCGACUGGAGGCGUCGAUGAUCAGAUCACCGAGGCGUGCAACUUGUGCUUAGUUAAUGCUAAAUCGAGAGUUAAGUCUUCAAACACAAUGGGUGUGCUUAGGAUUAGACUUAGUCCGUACAUAGUGGUUGCCCACCAAUGGGAGUAACUCCUGGUCAAAGAAUCGUGAAUUUUUAAGGUAAUUUUUUCAUUAUAAGAUUUAACAUACAAAUCAUUUGAAUAAUUAUUUUCCUAACAAGACAAACAAAAGUUGCAAUAAGUAAUAUGACUUCUCAUGAGUUCCUCUCAAUUGCUGGGCAACUUUGAAAAACUUAAUUAGAACCAAAAUGUAAGCUUAGCGUUUUGUUAUUUCUAUUCUCCGGUUAAUUUACACAAACUCGAUAGUUCCACUUGUGUGUAUAAACAGCCAAAAAAACAGGGUAAACAUUGCAAUUGUAAAUAUUAUAGUUGAACUUUUUAAUGUGGUUGCCACAAUUCAAUCUAAGAGAAUGACACUUCAGAAAUGUUACAUUUAUUUUCAAAGAUUAGAGGAAUAAAAAUGAAUUCUCAUUCAAAGAAUCCUAAACAGUAGAUAUAAAUAAUUAAGAGGAUAUAAUUUUAUAGUUUAGUGUUUCAUUCGAUUUAAGACUUACACGUAAUAGUUCCAAGAACAAUUACUCAUCCCAUAAUAAUUUGGUAACUCGAAAUUCAAAGUUGUUAAAGGUCACUUUUCCUGGAUUUGUGGCUUUUCCGGUGCAUGUAGGUGUCAGUCUCUCAAUGGACUCAAUAAUUUACGACCAACAGUUGGUAAAGCAUACGAGUUACAGUGAAACAUCACAAUUCAAUUUGGGAUGAACAGAUGAUGUCGAUGUUACUUUAAAUUCCGCUGGACGAUGGACGGAGAUGGGUAGCUUACACAUGUAUGUCAUUAAUGAAAGCCACUGCAUUAUGCGAAUCCUCCCCAGGGACUUUGAAAUUUUCAAAAUGCCGCAUGUUUAGGUUUAUGCUCAUCUAUCCCACAUCCGCGUCCCGCUUCCCGUUUGCAUAUUCAUGCGGCCUCCGUACUUCGCUGCGUACUUAUGUAUAAAUAAUCUGUGUCAAAUUUGUAUAGUUUAUUUUUUAAUAAAACCCGAAUGAUCCUUUGCGAAACUUUACGAGGCAACUUU